GACUGACGCAACUCAUACAUAAACCUUCGUCAGACCCGUCACGCGCGCUGCGAGCUGCAGAAGAUCCAGCAACUUGACGCUAACCACCCAGUUGUCGGCCGAUACGGUCGGCCGCAGUGUCUCUUCUCGCUAUCUCCUCACGAAGGUCUUACCACUAGCUACUCCCACUGGCACCCUCGCCCCGAUCGCUGCAGCAUGGGCAAGUUCUACGAAUCCAUCCCGCCCGAGAUCAUCCCAUGGCUGCUGAAGCAAGAAGUCUUCUGGGUCGCGACCGCGCCCCUGAGUCCCGAGGCGCAUGUGAACGUCUCCCCCAAGGGCGUGCGCGACUCCUUCCAUGUCAUCUCCACCACCCGUGUCUGGUAUCAAGACCUGUCCGGCAGCGGCGUCGAGACCAUCUCCCAUCUGCGCGAGAAUGGGCGCGUCACGCUCAUGUUCAAUGCCUUUGACGGCCCGCCCCGCAUCGUCCGCCUCUUUGGAACAGGGACUGUCCACGAGUUCGGCACACCCGAGUACGACGCCCUCAUCACCCCCGAGACCCGUCGUCCGGGCUCGCGCGCCGCCAUUGUCAUCGACGUGCACAAGGUCGGCACAUCGUGCGGGUACGCCGUACCGUACUACGAGUUCAAGGGCCACCGCCAGGUCCUCCUCGACUUCUUCGCAACCCGCGAGGCGGCAGACCAGACCGACCCCAACGCACACGCGAACAAGGGCCUCAAGGCAUACUGGGAGGAGAAAAACAUGCGCAGCAUCGACGGCAUCCCCGGGCUCGCGUACGCGCCCACCGUCGAGCGCAUGCCCAGGUACCGCAAGGAGAUGAAGCCCGCGGGCAAUGCGGAGAACGGGGAGCUGCGGGAGAACGACGUGAAGGCCCGUGCCAACGGUUCUGCGAAGGCGAAUGGUGGCGUGCUCGUCAAGACGGGCCGGCUGGAGGGCCAGCGCGUUUACGAGUGGGCGGUCGCAUUCUCGCUUGGUUUGGUGGCGGCGGCCGUUUACGUGCAGCUGCAGCUUGCGCAUGUUCUGUAAGACAUGGCGCCAUGUAUGAUCCUCACUCACUCUGUUGUAUUUUGGUUAUCCUGCAGCGGUAUACGACGUUGUAUCGAAUGUAUCGACUGACUUGCUGCCUUUUGCUCGCGAGAGGAAAGUCUC